GUCGCGGCUCGAAGAGGGGCGGAGCCUGAGGGGCGGGACCUCGGGUGGCCCGAGGUGGCCUGGCUGCUGGGUCCUCAGCGGCGCAGUCCGACUAGUCUCGGCCCGGGGAUGGCGUCCCCACGGGAACUGACCCAGAACCCACUGAAGAAGAUCUGGAUGCCGUACAGCAAUGGGAGACCUGCUCUGCACGCCUGCCAACGUGGUGUUUGCAUGACCAACUGCCCAACGCUCAUUGUCAUGGUGGGCCUGCCUGCCAGGGGCAAGACCUACAUUUCUAAGAAGCUGACCAGAUACCUGAACUGGAUUGGUGUGCCUACUCGGGAAUUCAACGUUGGCCAGUAUCGUCGGGACAUGGUCAAGACGUACAAAUCUUUUGAGUUUUUUCUCCCGGACAAUGAAGAGGGCCUGAAAAUCAGGAAGCAGUGUGCCUUGGCAGCCCUCUGUGAUGUCCGAAGAUUCCUCAGUGAGGAGGGGGGUCAUGUGGCGGUUUUUGAUGCAACCAAUACCACCCGAGAGCGGAGAGCAACUAUAUUUAAUUUUGGGGAACAGAAUGGCUACAAGACAUUUUUUGUUGAGUCCAUCUGUGUAGAUCCUGAGGUCAUAGCUGCCAACAUCGUGCAAGUUAAACUGGGCAGUCCUGACUAUGUCAACCGUGACAGCGAUGAGGCCACAGAGGAUUUCAUGAGGCGCAUUGAGUGCUAUGAGAACUCCUACGAGUCACUGGAUGAGGACCUGGACAGGGAUCUGUCCUAUAUCAAGAUCAUGGACGUGGGGCAGAGCUACGUGGUGAACCGUGUAGCUGACCACAUCCAGAGCCGAAUCGUAUAUUACCUCAUGAACAUCCAUGUGACUCCCCGUUCCAUCUACCUCUGCCGGCAUGGGGAGAGUGAGCUCAACCUCAAGGGCCGGAUCGGUGGGGACCCAGGACUAUCCCCCCGGGGCAGGGAGUUUGCAAAGAGUCUGGCCCAGUUCAUCAGUGACCAGAACAUCAAGGAUCUGAAGGUCUGGACGAGCCAGAUGAAGAGGACGAUCCAGACAGCUGAGGCACUGGGUGUACCUUAUGAGCAGUGGAAGGUUCUCAAUGAGAUUGAUGCGGGUGUCUGUGAGGAGAUGACAUAUGAGGAAAUUCAGUAUCAUUAUCCACUGGAAUUUGCCCUGCGGGACCAAGACAAGUACCGGUACCGGUACCCCAAGGGUGAGUCCUAUGAGGACCUGGUCCAGCGUCUAGAACCAGUCAUUAUGGAAUUGGAGAGGCAAGAGAAUGUGCUAGUCAUCUGCCACCAGGCUGUGAUGCGGUGUCUUCUGGCCUACUUCCUUGACAAGGCAGCAGAACAGCUUCCCUACCUCAAGUGUCCACUGCACACAGUCCUGAAGCUGACUCCUGUGGCUUAUGGUUGUAAAGUGGAAUCCAUAUUCCUAAAUGUGGCAGCUGUGAACACACACCGGGACAGGCCUCAGAAUGUAGACAUCUCUCGGCCUCCAGAGGAAGCCCUUGUCACAGUCCCGGCUCACCAGUGACCAUUUCUCAUCCACUGCAACCCCUGGGCAGGCAUUGAUCUCUGCAGAAGGUCUGUGUAUGUGACAGUCACCAUGCAGAAAUACUCUCAAAGCAGUGUAUGGCUGGCAGCACCCAGAGUCCCUGCCCAGCUCACCUGCCUCCUUGUUGAUAGUCUGUGACAGGGUUGGGCGUGGCUGCUAACCUGCUGCUAAGAAUCACUGGACUAGACUGUGCCACGUCGGUGGGCUGAGGCUGCCCAGCAGCUGGUCCCUUUGUUGCAGCUUUCAGGUGGUUACUCUCAAAAGGCCAGAUGGCUUUGUGAAGUGUAUAUCCCUAAAUGUGAAGCAGAAAGUCUCGUUGAGAUGUUGUCACUGUGGCCCAAUUGUCUGGGGCUGACCAAGUGACACCCUGUAGGACCUUUACUACCUGCUCUGUGGCCUCUUGCUGAGCCAGUGGCCAGGUCUUCAUGGAUCCCUGAGCAUCUGCUGCCUCAGGUGAGCGGGAGAGCCUUCCCCAUCCUUCCCAUCCAGGAAUUGAAGAGAAGAAGACACUGACCAGGUCCUUGGGUCCAUAUCACUCAUAUUUGUGGACACUCCUGAAAGCAACACACUGCUUUAGCAUCUUGUGAUGCUGUAGAAACAUGUCGGAAGAAGAGUAUUUGUGACCACCCCUUCCCAACUGUGCAUACACUGGAAUAUGGGCAAGCUGGUGGCCAAAGCCACCCCUUCCCACAGGUCAUAGUGCAACCAUGUAAAGACUGGGUAGUUGUACAAGUUACCUUUCUGGUGCAUACACCGAAGUGCUCAAGGGGAGGGCUGAGUCUCCCCUUCCCAGGCUAUAUGUCUACUGGCAGCCAGGGACGAGGUUGCCUCUUGCCUGUUGCAGCUUCUAUCCACACAGGAAUGUAUAUUGGUGGCAGAAACAUGCAUUUGCCAUAAAUCGUUCAGAAAAACUUGUGGUCCUAUAAAAUCUGUCCUGGUGUUUGUUGACUUCUACCUGUGAGACUGAGGAAGGGAGAGGACAGAGGUAGCCCCUGGCCAAGAAAGCAUUUCUCCAAUUGCAUCACAACUUUGAUUCAUGUGCAUAUGAAGCCUGGUGAAAAUGGCUUUACAAAGUCUGACAUCUGUCAUGCCCCUGAGUUCUUCUGGGUCCAGGCAAUGGUUUCUGGAUCCUUUUUAUAGCUGGCCAACAGCCCAACCAGUCAGGUUGUGGGUCAGUACUGGAAAGUGUCUGGAAGGACUAGUAGUCAGAUUCUCUCUGUCAGAUGCCAUAUGUGGACAUUGGUGAAGCCAUGCUCCUGGAUUCCCAAGCCCAUUUUGUAUCUGGAAUCUUUCCAUGCCUGUGCCUGGCUAGAGCAGCCUAUCUUUUCCAGCCCCCUUAACUUUGCAGCCUGUCAGUACCACCUGUCCCUGAGAGGAGCCACUGUCCCUGGCCAGUGGUCUCUCAUCCUUGUGUGCUGUAGCAUCUUUGAAUAAAUACAGGUAGAGAGAUGUCUGGGACAGGGCUAGGACAGGAUCCUUCUAGGUGACUUUUGACACCUCCUGAAAAUACUUAUUAGCUAUAGCAGAUCCCUUUGGCCAGUGGCUGUGCAUUUACAUUUCAAUGUCACCUGAGGCAAGACCACUGAAGCCUUGGUUCUCCCUGUAUAGAGAAGAGGCAGGAGCUGCUGGACAUGGAUGUAUUACAAGGACUAGGGAUAGGGCAGAAGGAAGUCUGGGGUCAGGGCAUGUGCAAGGAUCAGCCCUCUCCCUCAACAUUGUCCUGGAGAAACCUCUGCAUAGGCAGCCACAAGCCUGGUUGGCUGCCAGGUAGCUGGGAUGGUUGAUGUGUCCAAGUUGCAAAUGUUUUCCUGCUUUCCUGAGAAUGGAUGGUAUUGAAUCUCAGCUACAAAUCACACUGUGUCCAGCAUUCUUUGCAAUAAAUACUUUUUAAAACAUGAUAA